GUUCAUGCAAACUGGGUCCUGGGCUGCAACGAAAAUCACUCCGGAAUUUAAGGUGCUCCAGCUGCGGGAGAGUCCUGGGGCCAUAGAAAGAAGAAAAGAACCAGGUGAAACACCCAGAGGAUCGGGGAGAGCUCUGGGAGAAGUCUGUGCUCUGAAGACAAUGGCCGCUCAAAGGAAUCUCUCAGAGCGCAUCAAACUGGUCCUCCUUUUCCUGUGGAUGCCCUGGGAGUCCGCAGCCCGGCAGAUCCGCUACUCGGUGCCGGAGGAGCUGGACAAAGGCUCCUUUGUGGGCAACAUCUCCAAGGACCUGGGGCUGGAGCCCCGCGAGCUGGCGGGGCGCGGGGUCCGCAUCGUCUCCAGAGGUAGGUCGCAGCUUUUCUCCCUAAACCCGCGAGGUGGCAGCUUGAUCACUGCAGGCAGGAUAGACCGGGAGGAGCUGUGCGCCCAGAGCGCGCCCUGUCUAGUGAGCUUUAACAUCCUUGUGGAAGACAGGGUGAAACUUUUCGGGAUAGAGAUAGAGGUAACGGAUGUGAAUGACAACGCGCCAAAAUUCCAAGCAGAAACUCUAGACGUAAAAAUUAAUGAAAAUGUCGCCCCAGGAAUGCGUUUUCCUCUCCCAGAAGCUAUUGAUCCGGAUGUGGGCGUGAACUCUCUGCAGAGCUACCAGCUCAGCCCCAAUAAGCACUUCUCCCUAGGCGUUCAGAGCGGUGCCAAUGGCGUCAAGUACCCUGAGCUAGUGCUGGAGCGAGCCCUAGACCGUGAGGAAGAGGCGGUUCACCACCUGGUCCUCGUGGCCUCUGACGGGGGUAACCCUCCCAGAUCCGGCACUGUCCUCAUCACGGUGACUGUCUUUGAUACAAAUGAUAAUGCCCCAGUCUUCACCUCGCCUGAAUACCGAGUGAAUAUUCCGGAGAACUUGCCUGUGGGCACUCAGCUGCUCAAGGUAACCGCUACGGACAAAGACGAAGGCGCCAAUGGAGAAGUGACGUACUCAUUCCGAAAAUCACCGGACACACAAUUGCUGAAAUUCCAACUAGACAAAAAGACUGGGGAGAUAAAAAUAUCUGAGAAUCUAGAUUAUGAGGAAACGGGUUUCUAUGAGAUAGAAAUCCAAGCUGAAGAUGGAGGGGCCUACCUCGCCACUGCAAAGGUGCUCGUUGCCGUGGAGGAUGUAAAUGACAACAGCCCAGAGGUAGCCAUCACUUCUCUCUUCAGUCCCGUCACUGAAGAUUCGCCGGUGGGAACUGUCAUAGCCCUUUUAAACGUGCAUGAUUUAGACUCUGGGCGGAAUGGAGAGGUGACCUGUUCCAUCUCGGGGAACCUGCCAUUUACAUUAGAGAAGUCCAUUGACAGUUACUAUAGGCUGGUGACACAGAGGGCCCUUGACAGGGAACAGGUACCCUCUUACAACAUCACAGUAACGGCCACGGAUGGGGGGAGCCCACCUCUGUCAACCAGAGCGAACUUCACCCUGCAAGUGGCAGAUAUCAACGACAACCCACCUACCUUCUCUCGCGCAUCCUACUUCACCUACAUCCCCGAGAACAACCCCCGGGGCGCCUCCAUCUUCUCGGUGACCGCCCUGGACCCAGACAGCAAAGAGAACGCCCAGAUCAUUUACUCUCUGGCCGAGGACACGGUUGAGGGGGCACCGCUUUCCUCCUACGUCUCCAUCAACUCCGACACGGGCGUCCUGUACGCGCUCUGGUCCUUUGACUACGAGCAGUUCCGUGAACUGCAGGUGCAGGUGAGUGCUAGAGACAGCGGGAAGCCCCCGCUCCAUAGCAACGUGUCCUUGACGCUGUUCGUGCUGGACCAGAAUGACAACUCGCCAGAAAUCCUGUACCCCUCCAUUCCCACUGACGGCUCCACUGGGGUAGAGCUGGCUCCCCGCUCAGCAGAGCCUGGAUACCUGGUGACCAAGGUGGUGGCGGUGGACAGAGACUCCGGGCAGAAUGCCUGGCUGUCCUACCGCCUCAUCAAGGCCAGCGAGCCGGGGCUCUUCUCGGUGGGGCUGCACACGGGCGAGGUCCGCACAGCGCGGGCCCUCCUGGACAGAGAUGCUCUCAAGCAGAGUCUGGUGGUGGCUGUGCAGGACCACGGCCAGCCCCCUCUCUCUGCAUCGGUGACCUUGACUGUUGCAGUGGCUGACAGCAUCCCUGAUGUUCUUGCUGAUCUGGGCAGCCUGGAGCCACCGCAGGACUCUGAAACCUCAAACCUCACGCUCUACCUAGUAGUGGCGGUGGCAGCGGUCUCCUGCGUCUUUCUCGCCUUUGUCAUUGUGUUGUCCGCGCUCAGACUUCGGCGCUGGCACCAGUCUCACGUGCUGCAGGCUUCGACAGACGGACUGGCUGGAGCGCCUGCCUCUCACUAUGUGGGCGUGGACGGGAUGCGAGCUUUCCUGCAGACCUAUUCGCACGAGGUCUCGCUCACUGCGGAUUCGCGGAAGAGUCACCUGAUCUUCCCGCAGCCCAACUACGCAGACACGCUCAUCAGCCAGGAGAGCUGCGAGAGAAAAGACCCUCUUCUUUUAACCUGAUUUUCCUUGCCCAACAAAAAUGCCAAGAAGUUGUAAAAGGUUAAAUUAAGAAGAUUGUGGAUUCUCUUUGUCUUUUUAUUUUUUCUUCAAAAUUAAAUGUGCCAGUA